GGUGUUUUGUGUGUUGUGUUUGUUGCGACGACGCGCAACGCAGAGAUUUUAUUAUUUAUAUUUUCUCAAUAAAUUUAAACAUUUUCGAAAGAAAUACAUCUGGGGGAAAAUGUUUCUUCAUUGAUUUGCAAUCGAUAUGCCUUUAUUUAAUUUUUCGAUUCCAAUCAUAUGUUAGUGUACAAAAAUGUUGCGUUCAGUUUUCUGUUUUCUUAUUGUAAUAGCUUGUUUUUUCCAUUAUGUUACGGCACACCGAAAUAAAUAUUCAAAAUUUUGUACAGACAAUAAUCUGAAAAGUAUUAGUUGCAAUAGUCAGUUGUCAGGAGAGAAGCCCACCGAAUCUAAUGUUUGCCAAGUGGAACACUAUGCUCCAGAUAGUCCGAAAUGCAAGUAUAUGGAUUUUGGACCCGUCAAAACUAACACACAGAUUGGAGGAGUGAGCUUGAAGCCAUAUCUACUUGAUGAAGGUCAUAGCUCUCUCAAUUUUACAGUUCUCAACAUCACAUUUACCAAUAUCAAGUGGAAGACAAUGAAGUUUCGAUUUCAACCAACCAACGCUCAGAGAAAUCAUUGUCGUAACAUCAUUCUGUCAAACAAUUUUACCAUUGACGACAGAUCUAUUUUGUAUUAUGAUUGUUAUUGGUCGUACACUGAUGGUGAUUACAACAACACCAGCCAUAUUCUGGACUUUGUGGCUACUGAUGGAAGUACAGAGAACAGGGGCCAAUACUACUUCAACAUUCCCACAAUGCAGAUGUUGAGUACAAAUGUAACGGAAGAUGAAUGGAAACCGUUUCUCUACAUCGAAACACUGCCGAGUGUGCUCCGACUGCACAUUAUGCCCCCUCCUGACCAGCUCAAAAUAAUAUCGUACAAAAUCGAAGUGAGAAAAGGAUGCAGCCAAGUUUCUGCAGAUUGUCACAACGAGCUGGUCAAGAGAUCGACACUGCCGUUGAAAAAUUCCACUCAAGAAGUAACCCAUGACUUCUAUUAUUUGGGAAGCUCUGGGUUGUUUUAUUUCGUGGUGACACCGCUACACAAGCUGUGUUCUAACGUCGAAGAUAAAUGUCAAAGUGUUGUCAGCCCGAAGAUUACGAUAAGCAACGAAGUGCACAAAUAUUGGAACAUUUGCAUCGCCAGCGUCACUGCCCUGGUAGUGGCCACGUUGUUCGCUUACUACGUCCUGUUGCGAGUUAUCAGACGGUUCUGGUGCAAGGAUUAUUCUUUAGCUGCAGCCCAAGAAAUCCCUGCUCCAACGAAAGUGCUUGUAAUAUAUUCACCGGUUAGCAGACUUCACGCAGAAUGCGUUGGAUCGUUCAUAAGUUACCUUCGGUCUGAAUAUGGCUUCGAUGUGAUGCAUGAAGGAGAUAUCACUAGUACUUCCCAUGGAGACCCUUAUAUAUGGGCCGAGGACGCUCUGAAGUUAGCCACGCAUGUGCUGUACAUCGUUGGACCAGGAGAGGAAUCGAAUCUUUAUAAAAGCAUCUAUGAGAAGCCUAUUGUUUCAGGUGCUCACAAAGACGUAGAUAUCCUUCUACUGUCUAUGCUCAGAGCUUACCGAGUCUCCAAACACCCGAAAGACAUAUCCAACGUAUUCUUCGAACAUUCCAACGGAGCCGUGCCCAUAGAAACCAAACAUGGCAAAGUAUUCUUCCUGCUCAAAGAUUGGCACAAGCUAAUAUCGCACCUAUCAAAGAAUAUGUUGCCAAAAAAACAGAUCAUGCGCACCGAGAAAGGUAGGUGCUUCUUGGACGAUUUGACUAAAGCGAAGAAACUUUUGGGGAACAAGUGUGAAAGGGAAAAGAUAUUGGUAUAAUUUUUUAAUUAUAUUUUAUUGUAUAUAUUUAAUAGUUUAGUAAUAGAUUUGAAAUGUUGUAG